ACACAAAUGUAAACAAAAGUCACGUUGACUUCAAAGAAUAUAAAUAAAAAUAAUUAAACAUGACAGAUGCAAUUGAAGUAGCAUUGAUAAGUGAUGAUAAUGAUCAGGUAAACAGUAUUGCUGUGUGGGAUAUAAGGAAUGGCACAUCAUUAAUGCAAUAUCGUGGUGGUGGAGCUGUUGGAAAACAUACUUUGAGUCUCAUCGGCAACAAUUUCUUGGUAACUGGAAAUAAUGUUAAACCAUUACUCUCGAUUUGGCCAAUUAACAGUUCAGAUACAAUUCAAAAUAUAAAAUUUGUUUUGCCUGCUCGAGCAAAUUCAUUGACAGUAUCGCCAGAUGGUUGCUUUCUUGUAGCAGGAGUUAUAGAAAACAUUUAUAUAUGGCAGAUAGCUACAGGAAAAAUGCUAGCAAUGUUAUCAAAACAUUAUCAGCCAGUAAAUUGCAUUAAAUUCUCUGAUGAUGGUUCACAUUUUGUGAGUGGUGGUCAAGACGGCCAAGUCAUUGUUUGGAGUUUAUCAGCAGCAAUUGGUAACAUCUACCACAAUGAAUCUGUUGAGCCUCUUCAUACAUUUUCUGAUCACGCUUUGCCAGUCACUGACAUAUACAUUGGAAGUGGAGGAAUGCGAGCCAAUCUUGUUACAGUUUCUAUGGAUCGUACCUGCAAAAUUUAUGAGAUUGGAUCAGGAAACAUGUUAUUGAGUCUUGUUUUUCAAGAAAUUUUGACUGCAGUGACAUUAGAUCGUGUUGAAAUUGGACUUUUCGUUGGAACAAGCUUAGGGAAUAUUUAUCAUCAUCGACUGCAGCCGCCUCCAAGAACACGAGAAUAUCACAUAACCGAUGAGAAUAAGCAGAACAACAAGUUCUCAGGACAUACAAAAGCAAUUACAUGUCUUUCAAUAUCGUUGGAUGAGCAAACUCUCAUGUCUGGAAGUGAAGACUGUAAUGUGAUCACAUGGAACAUUCAAAGUCGUUCAUUGUUGAAGACCUUACCACACAAAGGCGCAAUUACCAAUGCAAUCUUCAUUCUUACACCUCGUGUAAUGUUUGAUCGUGAAGCAAAACUUGAACUUAUCACGAAAAAUUUCCAACGAAUGAAGGAUAAUGUGGAAACUCAUGAAAGUGAAGUGAUUGAUGUCAUGAUUACACCAGACAUGGAGAACUCAUCUUAUCGGUCUUCAAAUGAUAAUUAUAAGAGUUACGAUAAUGUUUCAAUUCAAUCAUCUGCCUUCAUUAGCAAUGAAAGUCAAUGUGAGAAACUUCUUUCAGAAAUUGAAAGGUUGAAAAAAGUAAACAAAGAACUUUUCGAAUUUUCCGCUAAAAAUAUUGUAAAUCCAAAGUAAAGCAAAAAAUUCGUCGCUUCAAUAAAGAAAUCAUUUUUUUGACAUUGAAGAAAAUUUGUCAUUUGUCAAGAUAUUUUCCCCAAAACACUUGUUGAAUCAUAUUUUUCGGUCAGAGAAAAAGCUUUGCAAUAUUUCAUCAACAAAUUCCUUGCGCAUGUUUCACUCUCAUGAAAGUUUUUCGGAAUUUCAAAGAGAAAAUCUUUUUAGCUCACUGUUGACUUCUGUGAAAAAUAAUUUUCAGUUUGAGUUUU